AAAAAGGGAGCUUCCUUCCAUUUAUCGCCUAACUCAACACGCUCCCCCAUUUUCUGUAAAUUAAUUUCCCAAAUAUUUCCACAAACGUGUCAUGUGUGAGUGUGAACACCCAAAUAUUUCCCUAUAAAUUAAUCUCCUAAUAAUAGUAACAAUCGUUUACAUUUAUUUAGUUUUCCACCUUCAACAAACCAAAAACCCCACCCACUAUUAAACACACGCAAAUACCACUUCCUCUCUCCCACCCUUAAUUAUACAUAUAUAUAUCUACACAGAGAGAGCAUCAAGCAUUAAUCUCACCAAAAUCAUGGGGAAUUACGCCUCCUGCGCCUUCGUCGCUCCAAAGCUGAGGAGUCCUAGAUCGGCGAGGGUGAUCCUCCCCACUGGCGAGGUCCGCCAGUUCCGCCAGCCGGUGAAGGCGGCGGAGCUCAUGCUCGAGGCGCCGAAUUUCUUCGUCGUCAACUCCAAAUCCCUAGCCAUCAACAGGCGGUUCUCGCCGCUCGCGGCGGACGAGGAUCUGGAGUUCGGGAAUCUCUACGUCAUGUUUCCGAUUAGGCGAUCGAGCUCCGUCGUCACCGCCGCCGACGUCGCCGUCUUCCUGAUGGCGGCGAGCUCCGCGCCGAAGCGGAUCACCGGCGGCCACUCCGUCAGAAUAUCUCCCGAGGCGGCGGCCGCGAUAGAAACGGCGUCGUUCCCCGCCGACGGCGCGACGGGAUUGAGCUUGGUAGCGGUGGCGCCGGAGUAUCAGUAUAGGCUAUCGGUUUGCCGAUCGAAGCGGCCGGGAUUGGAUACGAUUCUAGAAGAGCCGGUUUUUUCUAGAUAAAAAUAAAUCAAAUUUCUCUUUUGUUUAUUUUAUUUUAGUUUAGAGUAGAAUAGUCCUUUUUUUCGUAUUUAUAUUUAAUUUUUAUUUGUAGUUUUACUGCUUCUGUAAUUCUGUUAGAAUUGGGGUGCGUGAUUUGCGGGAUUCUAAUUCGUUGUCACAUUUCACAUGAUAUACAUAAGUCGGGAAAAUCGGAUUUAGAAAUUUUUAGACGAUUUGUAUCAUUGAAGUAAGAAAAUUAAAAUCAAACGCGUUAUUUUUGUA